AUGGCUACGAAACUCUGCUGGGACUUCAGCUGUGGUCACCAAGCAUACCAGAUAAAAGACCGAGAAGGGAAUUUUACCCUUGUGCUUCCAAAAUUGGCAGCUCGCAUUACAACACAAGUUCCCGAAGGGUGUCCGGAGUGUCGGGAAGCUCAGCGUGUUACAGAAGCUGCUAAAGAUGCUACGGAGCAGAAGGACCAGCAAGCUCUUGCCGUAUACAAAGCCCAAUCAGCAUUAUUUGAGCAACAAAUCGUUGACGCCAAAGAUAACCCAGACCUGCGAGCUGACAUCGAGAAACUACUCGUAAACUGCGAAGUCAUGCGGUGCAAGAAAAUAAUGCAGAUCGAGAUCAAAGCUGCCAUAGGUGCUAUUGCCACUGGGCCUUCUCUCAACACUACCUUAGCCUUCAAGAUCGACACGGCGCUCGAGAAGCUGAAUUGCCUCAAAAAAGCAGAGGGCAUCACCAAUGAGCGGCUGCAAAAGCUAGCUGCUCAUGAGAAGGGACAUGUUAAUGGUCUGCUCAUCUCAUCUCUGCUACAAUCAAACACCCGCGACACGAGUUGGAGCGCGAUACUUCAGGAGAUGGAGCAGGUCAAGAAAAAUUAUGAGGAGCGGGUGAAGGGCGAGUUUUGGGACUUGAAGGAGGUGUUCGAGGAGACUUGGGCGAGAGCUGUUAAUCUGAUGGGCGGCGAAGAGGCGAGCGGGUAA